UACGUCAUGCAUAACUCAAGUGCAUAGUGGACUAUUCCAUGUAACUGUGUAACUUUCAACAUCAAGUGAAACUGGGAUAUAUAACUCCGCUUACUCUCUCACAUGGGUCAAAUUCGAAUCACAGUGCAGUAGGCCAAAUUCUCUCCUGUGCCUUGUGGAUGUCUUUUUCGAUCCUUACUUUUUUUUAUCAAGGGUUUUGACAAGAUAAUGGGCAGCUUAAAGACAAGGGACUAUGACAGUAUCACAUCAUUCCUUGGAUCUUGGGGACCCUUUCAACGAAGGAUUUUUUUAGCACUGGCCAUCAGCAUCCUACCAAAUGGAUUUGUUGGUACCUACAUAAUAUUUGCAGGUGAUACCCCUCCUCAUGAGUGCUUUAUCCCUGAGAACAACAGCAUCAAUGGCAUGUGGAGAAAUGUGACUAUCCCUUUGGAGACUGUCAAUGGCAUUGAAAAGCGAAGCUCCUGCUCAAGGCUUAACUUGGAUAUUGUCAGUAACUACUCUCAAAAAGGAAUCAUCCCAAAUGUGGAUGUAAAUGUGAGUAACAUUCCUUUAGAAAGUUGUCUAGAUGGUUGGACUUACAGCAAAGAAAUCUACCAGUCAACCAUUGUCACAGAGUGGGACUUGGUGUGUGACAAUAGCUACAAAACUCCAUUGGCUACCUCUAUCCAUUAUGUUGGUGUACUAGUGGGAGCAUUUUUAUCAGGCCUGAUGUCUGACAGGUUUGGAAGGAGACCCACACUUUUUCUCAUGAUGGCUAUACAGACUGUUUCAAUUACAGCACAAAUAUUCUCACCAAGCUGGGAGAUCUUUACAUUUAUUUUCUUCUUCGUCGGUGGGGGAGGAUACUCCAACUAUAUCAUUGCAUUUGUGCUGGGUACAGAAAUUCUAUGCCCAAAAACCAGAGUGGUCUUCUGCUCUCUUGGGGUUUUUAUGAGCUCUGCUUUGGGGUACAUGUUAAGCCCAGCUGCAGCUUACUUCCUUCGUGAUUGGCGAUUGCUGCUGAUUCUCAUGGCUGCCUCUGGCCUGUUGUACCUCCCUCUUUGGUGGAUAGUCCCAGAGUCUCCUCGCUGGCUGUUUUAUCAGGGAAGAGUGAAGGAGGCUGAGGCAAUAAUCAGGGACGCUGCCAAGACAAAUAACGUAGAGGCUCCACAGACCAUCUUUACAGCAGCUGAGAUCGAAGACGUACUGGCUAUGAAAAACAAGAAAUACAACUUCUCAAAUAUCCUAAGCAACUGCAAUAUGUUUUCUCUUACACUACUGUGCUCACUUCUGUGGGUCAUCAUCACCAUCAGUUAUUUCGCUUUAGCCCUCAAUACUUCAAACCUGCACGGCAGCCCUUAUUUAAACUGCUUCUUCUCUGCUUUGACAGAGGUGCCAGCUUAUCUUCUUGCUCUUCUAUUGCUCAAGUUUUGCCCCAGGCGCUUCUGUCAGUCUUCUACACUGUUGCUUGGAGGCGUGAUGAUCCUCUGUGUUAACCUCAUCCCCAUAGGUCUACCUGCUGUAUCCGUGUUUCUUGAGAUGUUGGGGAAAUUUGGCAUAACAGCUGCAUUUUGCAUCGUAUAUGCUGUCACCUCAGAGUACUUCCCCACUUUUAUCAGAAAUACAGCAAUGGGAUGUUGUUCAAUGUCAGCUCGCAUUGGAACAAUCAUCUCCCCCUUCAUCAUUUAUCUGGGUCAAUACAACAAGUCACUCCCGUACAUAUUGAUGGGAAGCUUUGCAGUUAUCGGUGCUUUCUUAUGCCUCCUUCUUCCAGAGACAUUUAACAAGCCUUUACCAGAGACCUUAUCCCAGAUGCAGCAGAUAUACAGGAGAUGUGGAAAGAAGAAAGAAGCUGAAAAGGGAGAGCACAUCGCUGAUUUUCAGACUAAAGUAACCAAGUUGUAGUUUAUCCCCUAGUUGCCACUACAGUGGAGAGUAAAUACAAAGGUUGUUUUCUGCCAAACUAAUAUCAAAAUUGCUGCAGGAGGUCAGAAAUGCUAUGCAGCUCAGGAAAAUCUCCCAAACCCUACCACAGGAGAAAACCCUUGCAAUGAAAAAAAUGUAACAUCAUAUAAUAACUAAAGAGCUAAAUAAUGUUAAAAUGCCAAGUAUUGAUUUCAUAUUUGAAGAAAAUUAUGAUGAAUCAUCCAUUCAAUUAAGACAUCAUGCAUUGAAGGAUAUAUUUCAUUUGGAAUUGAUACAACCAUAAUUGAGACUUUGUUUUGUUUUUUUUAAUUCCUUGAUCUGGAGUGAAAUUUUUCUGUUUAUCAAUUGACUUAUUUAAUGUGUAAGACAGGAAAAACCUCUAAACUUAAAUUUAAGAACUCAAAUUCAUGCUCUCCACUUGAAUGAACAUGUUACCAACUGAAAAUGUUCAGUUGAAAUAAACAAUUUGGAUAAGUUUGUGUACUAAAGGGAAUAAAAACCAAAAAAAAGCUG